GGUACGUAGUCUGCAUCGUACGUGUAGCUUUAGCCAAAAAAUUAGCUUGGUGUCAAAAUCAUAAAUCUGCAUUCUCGAACGUUUUAUUUUUCUACCGACAGUCAUAGGAACAGACAUUUAUUUGUUUCUCCCUAUAUUUAAAGGUGCAACCAUGUAUAUAAAAGCCUUAUUCCGAUGCAGAGACAUGCUGAAAGGAGAACUUACCGUGUGAAAUGCUAGCUAGCUCAAUCAAAGCUAGCUGACGAACUGGGGCCGAGAAUCGAAAGCAGCAGCACCCAGCGUUAAACCAGCACAUCUGCUUUAUCAAAUUCUAAGCACAACAAGGAGGACAGAUUGAGCCAGUUCAUUUCACAAAACCGUGUCUGUCUGUGGUUUCAAUACAACCAUAAACGUCUGCUACAGUUGACGGUGGGUCCAUCUAGGACAGAGCCAUGGGUGCGUUCCUGGACAAGCCCAAAACAGAGAAGCACAACUCACACGGUGAGGGUAACGGUCUACGCUAUGGACUUAGCUCCAUGCAAGGCUGGCGGGUGGAGAUGGAAGAUGCUCACACAGCUGUGUUGGGACUUCAGACUCCUGGUAUGACUGACUGGUCCUUUUUUGCUGUGUACGAUGGUCAUGCUGGAUCAAAGGUUGCCAACUACUGCUCUAAGCACCUUCUAGAACAUAUAAUUACUGCUAGCUUUGGAGCAGGAGGUAUACAGGGUUCUCAGGUUGGAUCAGACAGCUCCACCAGUGACUCUCCUGCACCACUUCCUCCUGCAGUGGAAGCUGUGAAAACCGGUAUCCGGACAGGCUUCCUGAGAAUUGAUGAGCACAUGCGUAGCUUCUCUGACUUUCGAAAUGGAAUGGAUCGCAGUGGCUCCACAGCAGUAGGAAUUCUUCUGUCGCCAGAUCAUUUCUUCUUCAUCAACUGUGGGGAUUCUCGAGCUGUUCUGUACCGCAAUUCACAGGUGUGCUUCUCCACACUUGACCACAAGCCUUGCAACCCACGUGAGCGGGAGCGCAUUCAAAAUGCUGGAGGCUCAGUGAUGAUUCAGAGAGUUAAUGGGUCACUGGCUGUAUCGAGAGCAUUGGGGGACUAUGACUACAAGUGUGUGGAUGGCAAGGGCCCUACAGAGCAGCUGGUUAGUCCCGAACCAGAGGUGUUUGUGAUGGUUCGGGCACCAGAACAGGAUCAGUUUGUGAUUCUGGCUUGUGAUGGCAUCUGGGAUGUCAUGUCCAAUGAGGAGUUGUGCGAGUAUGUGAAAUCUAGGCUUGAGCUGAGUGAUGACCUGGAGAAGGUCUGCAAUGAAGUGGUGGACACCUGCUUGCACAAGGGGAGUCGGGAUAACAUGAGUAUUGUGCUAGUGUGUUUGCCCAAUGCUCCCACCGUAUCAGAGGAAGCUGUAAGGAAAGAAGCCGAGCUCAACAAAUAUCUGGAAACUCGAGUAGAAGAGAUGCUGUCUCGGCCAGGAGAGGAUGGGUUCCCGGACAUGGUAACAGUUAUGAGGAACCUAUCUACUGACAGUGGCAUGCCCCCUCUUCCACCAGGGGGUGGUCUUGCCAGCAAGCGAAAAGUUAUCGAAGCAGUAUACAAUCGUCUGAACCCAUACAAGGAGGAAGAUGGAAGUGGAGCAGAUUUGGAGUGCCACUGGUAGCUGUCCAGCACAACUGCCUGAUCUCCCUCCCCAAAAUUAAAAGCAACAGGACCACAUUUCCACAUGAGAUCACAAUCAAACUCAUCUUUUAAUUUUACUGGGAUUUUUCUCCCCUUCCCACAGAGAUUAAUUCAAACAGAAACCCUGGUUUUAAAAAAAAUGUACCCAAGGUGGAGAACUGCUUGUUGGUUCUUUUUAUGAACAAAUUAGGAGGACAUCUGCACUACAGAACAACAUAUACAAUACAAAAUGAAAAGAGACACAAAUAAGCACAGUUCCUCUUGCCCCUUGUUUUCUUUGUGAUGGUUGUUUUCGUUGUGGAUUGAUGGAGACACGGGAGCAAACCUACUCUGACAACUUUGGGACUUUCUGGUGCCUUGCUUAGACUUGAAAGAGAGAGAGAGAGGACCACACAAUCAACAGCCAACCAGCCCAGCCAGUCAGUACUGAAAACCAGCCCCUUGCAGUUGUUCGCAAGAUGCUGAAGCAGCUGAAGUGAUUUGCGGCAUUAUUUGUUUUGAAGUGUGAACUUUCUUGUAUCUGACUUGGAGUUAAUUGACCACACAAGCGUGCAACUCCUCUAUAAGCUAAAGUAUCCAGCUGAGUCUCAGGGGUUCUGGGCAUUACAUCAUCUAAGUUUUCACCUGGCUUGCUGGAGAAUGCCUCACAAAAUUCCCAGAUUUAAAGCUCCUGAAGUUGCUACUAUCCAAAGACCUCUGGGUUAAAGCCUCAGAUUCAUGUCCUGAAAACCAACCACCCGAGUCUCCACACCUGAACAGGAUGGAAACCUUAAUGACUGGUUACAAAGUGUGGCACCUCUGUAUGUCCAAAUUAAAACAGGAGGUGGACUGGUGUGCUUCACUGCAGUUGCAUUAAACUCAAGUGUGACUCUU